AUGGACUUCCCUGGCGGCGCAAACACCAACAUACAUCUUAUUGAUGGAUUCUCCAAUAUUCACUGGAGAAUAUACACAGAAGAAGCUGGUAUCACAAAUAAUCCACAGGAGGGCCCCGCCAACGGCUACACUAUUCUCAAGCACUUGAGUCGUCUUAAAGAUUUAGAGGCUCGACUGAGAGUUUUAAAUUGCCUCGCGUCAUGCCCAAGACGUCUAGGGCUUUGGGUAUUCUCCCCUACCCCCGAGUUUGAAAGCUUAAAGCCUUUGUAUGUGAGGGGAAGUGACGCGGAAUCGAAUAAAAUCCUCGUCGGCACGACAACUUUGAAAGUCUCUGCAUUUGGAAGCGUCUCGUCACUAGACUUGGUGAAAGGUCUGUCGUCCGACAACCAGAGUCAGCAUGGUACCCAAUCCGCUGGGCAGCCACGACCGAACCAGAGCCAACCCUCAUCUCGGCGUCAAGAUGGUUAUAGCAGUUCAGCGGCCAUUUAUGCCUCUUUUAUAUCUGCUGUCACUGGUUCAAUUGGCCUCCAGUUGAUUCGACGCCAUGGUGCUCUGCCUCUCGGAUCACGCACCCUUUUCACUGCCGCCGAACAGUCGGGAUACGAAACUCCGCAUGUCAACAAUGAUAGCAUUCUCUCUACUUCUUGCUUGACUACACUCAACAUCCAGCUAACUAUGAGUGGAACAAUAACCGUUUCCGCUCAGACUAUAUCCCAAACGGGCAUAAUGCGGCUAUGCAGUCCACGCGAGAACAUUGCCGAAAUAAUUGACGUACAGCCUGGAACUGAUCUUUGGCUAUCCCCAAACGGGACUAUUGCUAGGCUUGUCACGGCUAAUGUUGACUCGCCAACCGUCCCGUCUCUGAGCUUCCCUGCCCCUGGGAAUCUGUCUGCAAAAAGAAUUCAAUGGAAAAUGGAUGUUUUGCAGUGGCUACGGAAUUUUGGCUUGCAUGUUAACUCAAUUGAUGAAGAGCCCUGGGUCGAAGUGGAGGUUUGGGAGCCAUUUUUCGCAAGGCUUGCUGGGGAAGCAUGGCGACAGAGUGAUGAUAGUCAAUCUGCACUACCGCUGAAACGCAUGCUAUGGCCAGCGAGAUUUUGCUUCAGAAGGGCUAGCUCAUCAAAUUUCUCUUCCGGGUCUCAAACUUCCCUUCGUGACGAACCCUUAGAUUUCGCAGAGCGAUGGUCAACAAUGGUGGGCUCUCUCAAGCUAGAUCAUAUUACCCAAACUGCCCAAAAUACUCCUAACACGCAAGACUCACGACCAAAAGACCAAGAAAUGCCAUCAUCACCCAAGGCCGAAACCUUGGAAAGCAUAGAGAGUUUAUCCCGAAUCGCGCAGUAUCCCGAUUUGCAAAGCACGAAUCUUGUUUACCCAACUCCCCCGGACGGAGCUGCAGCAGUUGGAUUGAACAAUGCAAACCCAUCUGAUACUUUUGUUGAGGACUCUGACUUUGGACUACCUCAUGCAACGCAACGAGGUUCAAGAAGAAAUGCAUCGGGGUCGGAUAUAUCACCCGUCCAGAAUAGUGGCAUCGGGGUUGGCACUGGCCGAUAUGAUGCAAGUGACGAAGAAGACCUCUUCGGAGAAAUGAACGAAAGAGAUUUUGGGUCGAAAGGUAUCACCGAUGCGGACUUCAGCUUUUUUGAUGACCCUGGUUUCGAUGACAUGGACGGUGACUCUCGAGUAGAGAAUCCAGAUGAAGCUCUUGAAGCAUCUCAUCCUCAGAGUGGAUCGGAGGCCGAGCCCAUGGUUCAUGAAGAACCCUUCCCCAAUCAGCCACAGGAAAUUUCAACUCAUGUCGAAACAAAUGAGGCACACACAUCCCCGGUACACCACGAAGCCCUAGAGUCAUCUGUGGGGCCCAUGGCCCCCGAAGAACCAGCUCAUUCGCCUAUGGAUCGCGCAGGACCCGAAGGAGAGGGUCAUCAACAGCCUACAGAUAACCGGGGCCAAGGGCACUACCACCCAGUGGCCUUUGAAAAGAAACUCGAUGAUUGGGAUCAAAAGUACGGAGCAACUGGCAAAUUCUGGUUCUCCGGUGGUAGCUUGGUGGACACGUUAGAUCAGAACUCUGCCAUACCCACGAUUGGCAUUCCUCACCGUGACCGAGUCAGCGCCAACGCAUCUGGCUCUUUUAAAGAACGGGACAGGACCAGUCUCUCUCUCAUUCACUCAGAAGGUGGUCCACGAUCAGCAUCGGUGAGCAGUGACAGCAGCGAUGACAGUAUCGAAAUCAUGUCUGAGCACGUUUCAACGCCGGCGGCCAUGCCCUUGGUGCCUUCUCUGAAGCGGAAACGAGCCCCUUCAGAAUCUGACAUGAUGUCAAUUGCAUCCCAAGAGAAGACAAUGCCCGGUACAGAACCAAGUCCCGCAUACGCAGCCGAGAACUCUACCUUCCUCGGCAAUUUUCUAGCCAACUUUUCAGAUUGGACCUUAACCGGUUAUUUCUCGGCAUUUCCACCCCAACAACUCCCUGCACUUCUUCGCCGUGAAGGUCAGCUUGAAAUUGCGCAACUCCUAGUCGACCAAAUCACACAGUCCUCCCUCAAACAUCCACUCGAUGGGCAAAUCGGUCUUUUUGAUCUCGAGGGCCAGUCUCUUCCACUGCAAAUUCUCGACGACACAACCCUCUUGGGCGAGGCAUGUAAAUUGGACUUCAAAAGAUACACAUCAUUGCAGGACGAAUUUAUCACGAACCACCCGCAACAGCAACCGCCCCAACAUCCACCAGCGCCCAAAGAUACCCCGAAAAGCUUCAUUUCUAAGUUAUCAGCGCCCCACAUACGUGUGCGUCGAGGCAAAGCAUACUUGGAGGCUCUUCCCCCGGCUGUAUCGUUUUGGGAAACGUUUGGUCUUGAGCCUGCCCAUGGACCAAAAAACAUUUCUGCUUAUUGCAUUCAUCCACAAGCUGCGUCAGAGGCAGCCGAUGUGUUCCUGAGACGGUUUGGUCUUCUCUACCAAAGUUGCAACCUUGGAACCCAUAUGAGAGGAGACGAGUCCGUGGCAUUUGAAGACGGGCUGAAGCCAUGGCAAUCUGAAACAUCUAGUUAUGAAUCUAUGAUGCAGGUACUGAAGAAAACAUGCGAACAGCUUGGCUCGGAGCUCUCACAAUCCUCAGCGAGUGCUGAUAAUCAUGUUGUUUACAUCAUCAACCCAUUUACGCAUGCUGCGGCACUAGCAGAUAUUUGCACCGCCUUCUGGCAUCUUUUCCAGCAAUUGAUAGCCGGUUCCGAGCGAAGACAGACUCGUAUUUCUAACGAGCUUGUUCUGCAGAUAAUUCCGCUGGAAUUCGUCAUGUCGAGCGAGACGAUGGUUAUACCCCCGCAGACAGAUUAUUUGAAUCUAGCCCUGGAAGUCUACAGUCGAUGCCGUCCAAGUGAUGGCGAUAUGAGCCCGCUGCUCUGCGCGCCACCAAUGCUUCUGGCUGACGCUCUCCCGAGAGCCAUCAGUUUCCGGCUUGCCCCCGAAAGAUCUUCGCCGCUUCAAGAUGGGCGAAGUCUUCACAUUGCCUAUUCCAAAAGCCUUGAUCAACGCUGGAUAUCGGUGGCAUGGUCUGAUCUGCCAGGUUCCAUACAAAGAACCAUGUCCUACUGUCUGCGGUAUCGCCAGUCGGGCGGCGCCAGACCAAUUUCCGAGGUCAGGAAUGAAAUCUGGGCUACGACGAAACACAUCAUGGACAAAUUCCAAGCACGAUGGAAAGUUCAACUAGCAACCACCGAGCCUAUGGAAACCGAUGAGGUUGAAGCAUGGGCUAGUCUAGCAGAUCAGCACAACAAGUCAAAACCCGGAUCCUUGGAAUUGACCAUCCUAGCUGUCAACACUAUUCCCGACUUGAUCCUUGAGCCACCAGUUCCGCCCAUCUCGAUGGCUAUGUUGAAUAUACUGUCCUUGUCGACCCCUGUCUCGACUCCUAACCCAAGUGCCAGCGUUGCAUCCCCCGAACAAUCAGGCAAUGCAGCCACUCCAACCAGCGCCGGUCCCGCUGCCUACAAUGCCCCCACGCCAACAGACAUGUCACUUGAAACAGAUUCAGAGACCGUGCUCACUGAUAUCUGCGAUGAUUCCUGGCUAGCCAUCCUCUCACACCGACUCAACAGCUCUCCACACCUCACCGAAUUCCGACCCGCCUUAUGCAGCGGGUAUCUCCUCCGCCGCAAAGGCGCUACUGAUGGCGACGGCGUGUUUGCAAUCUCCGUCAAUCUCAUCUAUUCCUCACGUCCUCCUCCAUCUCAUGAUAACGUCCUCAAGGAUACCUUAAGUAUGUAUCGGGACAUGGGCUGUCUUGCCCGGGCCAAGGGCAUAUGCAGUGUACAAAAUAAUACACUGCCUUGGCAUGUCGCCACGGCUCUUCGCGCACAAGAGCUUUUGAGUUAUGUUUUUUGA